CCCAUGCAGGAGGAGCUUUCAAUUCUGGUGGCCGAUUCUCAGAAUUGGAUAUUUCUGGUCAUGGCAUUUCUCAGCAGGUGGGGGGACCAGCUCCUAGUGGGAUUUUUUGAUAUUUUUUUUUUUCUUUUUUUUGCAUUUGUCACGCCUGGAUGGUUCAUCCACAGGCAUUAGGAAAUUCAUAUUUUGACAGCUGAUGCCUGAUAAACUCAAUAGCACAUUGAAUGAUACCUUAAUUACAGCUGAGGAACACUGCCAUUCCUGUGGAAAUCUCCAUGGUGCUCUAAUUUAUACCAAGGAGAUUCAUUGUGAUUGGUAUGAUUUAAAAUGGAAAUGAAUUGUACUAAUAGGAAAAUGGUAUUGAAAAUGUGGUUUUUUUCCAGGAAUUCAACAGCCAAAGGAAUGUAAGCCAUGGGGUGGGGGAGGAAGUGUAUCUUUUUGUUACUAAGUUCUUCCUAAUAUAUUAGCAUAGUCUCUUCCCAAAAUCUUGUAAUGAACCUGGAUUAUGUUUCUUUAGUUAUUUAUGAUACCUUGUGAGCCGUUUAGAGGAAGGAAUAACAAAGCAUGGGGUUUUAGUUCCACUCUGGUUGUUAUAACUGUGGGACACUUCAAUUCACUAAUUCAAAAGCUAAUGGAAUAGUCUAGGAAAUAGUGGUAGCAGUCUCUGGUGUGAGAGGAGUCAGAGUUUGGAUCCCUCUGCAGAUGGGUCGGUCAGAUCACACAGUUGGCACUGUGCCCUUCCUUAGAGGUAAGAGGACUUUGGGAUGGCUUUGUGGGAUCUCUGAGCUUUUUUUGGUAAAUGUGUCUCUAAAACAACAACUGAAGGGGACUGGGGAAGAGCCAAGACAGCUGUCCAAGGUCUAAGAUUUAGAGUAAAAAGGCACGUUGUCUGGGCAUAGUGUUUCUGUAUAUGCACUUAUAUGCAGUAUAUAACCAUGUGUUUGCACAAGUAUGGUGUACAGUUGUUACUUUGGUCUGUAAUUACAUAAUCUUUGAUAUUAUUUUAUGUGUAUUCCUUCUUUUAUAUUAUUUCAGCUACUAUUUUUUAUUUUCUUUUUAUUUUUGCUGUAAUAUCCACCUAGAUUUGUAUCAAAGGUACUUCAGAAAACUUCCCAUGCUUGACUGUAAAGACUAUAAAAUCUUGUGAACCAUUAUGCUUCUACCCCUGGAUACACUUCUCUAUGCAGGUAAUACACCUCUUCACCUGGCUUGCCAGAAUAGCCAUUCCCAGAGUACUCGUGUUUUGUUACUUGGAGGAUCUCGAGCAGACCUCAAAAAUAAUGCAGGAGAUACCUGUCUGCAUGUGGCUGCUCGUUAUAAUCACUUGCCCAUCAUUAGGGUGCUGCUCAGUGCUUUCUGUUCUGUCCAUGAAAAGAACCAGGCAGGGGAUACGGCGCUCCAUGUAGCUGCUGCUCUAAAUCACAAGAAGGUGGUGAAGCUGUUGCUGGAGGCAGGGGCCGAUGCAUCCGUUGUCAACAAUGCAGGUCAGACCCCUCUAGAGGUUGCUAGACAACACAAUAACCCCGAGGUUGCACUCCUCCUCACUAAAGCAUCACAGGUAUUGCGUUUUAACCGUGGGAGAAGCCUGAGGAAGAAGAGAGAGAGACUGAAGGAGGAAAGGCGAGCUCAGUCAGUGCCACGGGAUGAAGUGGCACAGAGCAAGCAGGGCAGUAUCUCAGCUGCUGACACACCGAGCAGCGACCAGCCCCGGGAGAGGAAGAACAAUCUGAAGGAUGAACCCCAGUCAACCUCACCAGAUCCCAAAGGGAAGAAGAGCAAAAAGAAAAAGCCAAAGGAAAAGGUUUCAGCACUCUCGGACCCCAUCUCCCCAUCUGAUCAGCAGACACUCCCUCAGCCCCAGCAAAACGUGCCUAAGCGCAGAAGCAAACAUCACUGCUCCUCCCCACCCCCUCCCCAUGAGGUCCGAGCCUACCAGCUCUACACACUGUACCGAGGAAAGGACGGGAAGGUGAUGCAGGCACCAAUAAAUGGAUGUCGUUGUGAGCCCCUGAUAAAUAAACUGGAGAAUCAGCUGGAGGCAACAGUGGAAGAGAUAAAAGCUGAGUUUGGGACAGUACAAGAUAAGAUGAAUAUUAAGCUGGGCCAGAUGGAAAGCAAAACUCAACAUCAACUCCGUGUUUUAGACAAGCUUAUGGCUGAGCGGCUGUCUGCAGAGAGAACAGAGUGCCUUCACCGCCUGCAGCAGCACACUGAGCUGGAAAAGAAUGAGGGGGAGAAGCGGCAGAUUUCCUUGGUCGAUGAGCUGAAGACUUGGUGCUUGUUGAAGAUUCAGAAUCUGGAGCUCAAGCUUUCUGGAGAUUCGAGGUCAUCAAGACCAAAAUCAACUUUGUCCACUUGUGAGUCUCUCACUGAGACCCUGGAUACUGACAACAACCCCCACAGUGCCAAGGAGUGUAAAGCCAACCAGCCUGUGCUGCAGUCAGAGGGCUCCCACCAGCAUUCCUAUACCACGCUUCCAAAUAGCCUCUUGGAAAAUGGGGGAAGGAGCAGAGUCCAGAUGCCAGAGCAGAGCUUUGGGAAACACUUUUGCAUUAAACAAGAUGGUGCAUCAGAUUCAACCAUGCCAGGUACAGAGCAACAGUCAAUGGCUGGUGGACCAGUUUCUUCUUCUGCCCCUGGUCAAGAUGUCAGGCCAAAGGACAAAGCUGUAAGUGCCAGCACGUUCCAAAGGUUCCAGCAGGAGCUGCCCUCCUCUGAGCUUUUGGGCUCCAAAUUAAGACAUGUUAAGGUUCAAGCUGCUUUGCAGCCAUUGACUGAACCUGCAAAGACUGAACCACAAAGUGGAUACUUCAUCGACAGAGGAACUCAGACAAAAAAGUCCAGCAAAAGUGGGCAGUCAAGGCACAAAGCUCUGCACCACGCCGGGGCACACCAGAGCCAGGAGCAGCAGCCCUGUGCCCUGCCUGCAGGACAGCCACCUGCCCCUCCCCUCAGAGACACCUCCCAGGCCCUGGAGAUAACACAGUACUUCUUCGAGGCCGUUUCCACACAGAUGGAGAAGUGGUAUGAGCGGAAGAUAGAAGAAGCCCGGUGCCAAGCAAACCAGAGAGCGCAACAGGACAAAGCUGCACUCAAGGAGCACAUUAAAUGCUUAGAAGAGGAGCUCAGCAAAUUAAGGACUAAGGUGCAGAAAGACAGCUAGCAACUGCCAAGCAGGCAGUCAAGCAACAGGACUCAUCUUGGAACCUGCUGUAUGGGAAUCUGGAAUAUUGAUAGAUAUUUGUAGUGCCUGUUACAUCCAAACAAAACACUCUUUUUCAGGAGUAGAAAUAACUCUGGAAACUCCAUAACUGAGGAGAAUUCAUAUGCAGACUAUACUGAUAACAAUGAGAUGCUGCAGAUUAAAUCCUUUCUUUGUUAUUUCCAAGAGUCUGUUAAUAUUGCACUCUCGGUUUCCAGAUGCUGCUUGAAAACAAAUGCAUUAGCAACCAAAACUGCUUUCUGAAAAGGGAAUUCCCUUAUUUCCACAUAGGUCAUGUGUGGCUAGAGGGUUCCACUGUAUGCUACAUGUAAACACGUGGUCAUACCAUUACUGAAAUAAAUCCAGGAUGUUUGAGAGCUUUUGACAGAAUUCCUUAGUGAUGAAGGGCUAUUGAUCCUAUUUUAGAUAAUCCCCAGGGCCUGUCUCUAGUCAAUGAAGAAAAGCUACAGAACCCACUCCACUACAGAACCCAAUUAUAAUCAAGCCCAGGUAGGUGACAGAUGUAGGCUUCCAGCUGGAAAAGGGCAGGCAACCAUGGAUGGAGAUGCUAAGGCAACUCAUCCCAAUAGGGACAUAGGCUUUGGCUGCCAUUUUGCUUUACUCUUGGUUUUACGUUAUUAGAAUGGAUGCUAAAUCAGAUUUAUUGUCUUUUAAAUGGUGUCCUGGUUGCAGAGCUCCUUGUGGUUACACAAUUGUUGGGGCUGUACUCCUGUAAUUUGACAGAGAAGUUUUGUUUAAGGCCUGGAUAGCAAAUAUUUUAUUGUAACCGUGGUCUACCUGUUAGGUGUAAGUUUUAUAUAAAUCUCUUUUCCUUCAAGCAGCAAAUGGCUGAAUUCUCAACUGUUGAAGAAGCUUGAAAAAGUCUUUUAUUUAAAGUGAAAGCUUGGUUGCCUCUACUCCAAUAUUUCUUUUUCUGCAGUCAGGAUGUUCUCCCAGACACUUUCUCUGGACUGUCUACCUUUGUUCCUGUGAAUAACUCCUCUGGUUUUUUCCUUUAUCUCUAAAAAGGAGACCAGGCCCUGGUGAGUUUGAAGGUCUUAGGACAAAGUCCCACAAAACAGAACUUAACAGCAUUUUCAAGUUUUUAUCUAUGCCUUUUGUUAUACAAUCAAAAUUACACUGACCAAUGUUGUCCACGCUGACAGACUCCAAAUGAUCUAAAGGCACUGUAACUCAUUGCCUUUAGGGUUUCCUCCUUAUACCUCUAAGAAGGCUCCAUCAGAUUCUGUUAGGAAAGUAAGUUUACUUACCAGAUCAUGAUUGAACUGAUUUCUAACACAGUAUGGUACUGCCAAGGAGAAAAAUAGUUUUGUACUGGGGAGCCCUAAAAUCAGUACGAAAUACUUUAUACAGCAUUGAAGACACCACUGACUAAUUAGUAAUUAAGCUUUUGUCUUCUUAGCAGAUGUAUAAAGAAAGUUGUAUCAUAUAACAAUAUUUUUUAAAGUUCCUAUUAAUGCACUAUCAAGACAAAUGUAUCUGCAUCUAUGGAAAUACUAGUUUUGUUGCUCUGACUUCUGUAGUCUAAUAUAGACACUUUCUUAUGUUUACAGUUUUGUUUAAGCUAUGUAGGAAUGCAGAAGCAUGCUACUGAAGUUUUGUAUCAUCUGGAUAAAGUUAAUGUUUUGCCAAGCAAUUAAAGUAAGUGUUGCUCAGA